CAUGUCCCCUCCUGUGCUUGGGGACACCAGUCCGGCGGUGGUGGCAUCCUCUGUGACACCCAGCACCGGUGCCACCGGUCCGGCAGCAGGAACAAGCGAUGCCGGUCUCAGCACGGUCACAGCACCCUCCUCCACUGCCUCCAGCACCACCUCUGCUCUGUACAGCCCCCAUGUCCCCCCUGGGCCACCCAGCGAGGCCACCAGCAGCACCCAUGGCCCAGCUGCUGAGGACAAGCCCUCUGUCGGGGUGUCCUCGCUGAGCACUGCCAGCUCAUAUACAUGGGAAACCACAGCCACAUCCUGGACAGCCCCCGUCCCCGCCAGUGACACCGAAAUGUCAGCUGGCUCCCCCAGCAGGGACACCCCCGUGGUGACCGGGCACACCACAUCUGCCAUGGCCAAGGCCACCAGCAGCACCCCGUCCCCCUCUGUCACCCACGAUGUCCCCACCGCCCCGGGCAGGGUGACGAGCCACGAUGCCAGCCCUGCGUUUGCUGCCGUGCCCAGCCUGGCCAGAGGGACCCCGCCAGCAGCCACCAGCCCCACCGGGGCAGCUCCUGCUUUGGGGACACAGAGGGGACCGGCCACCACACCGAGGACGCCUGCUCACACCACUUCCAGCCACGGACACCCACUGUCUGAGCCCCAGCCCAGCCACGGGCUCGGCCCGGCGGUGUCCCUGUACCCGUUUGGCACAGAGGGAGGUGACAGAGAGUGUGUCCAGAGGACGGUGGAUUUUAAUUCCCCCUUGUUCAAGCCGGAGAUCGGGUUCCCCUUCGGGAAGGCGCUGCGUGACUCCCUCUACUUUACAGACAACGGGCAAAUCAUUUUCCCACCCACGGACAACGUCGUCCCCUCAAACCCCAACCCACCUGCCCGGGGAUUCAGUGGCCGUGAGGCGCUGCCGACGGUGGCCGUGUUUUGGGAGGACGCAGAUUUCUCGCAUGGCGUUGGCACCACCUGGUACCAGGAGUACCCCACCCUCGGAUCUACCCGAGACCCCCUCGUUCGUGAUGUGGAGGCAAAAAUUGAGAAAUACCUGAAAACCUCUUACACAGCGAGAUGGACCCUGAAGGUGACGUGGGAGAAGGCCCCGGCGUACCCGUCCCAGCAGGACGAUGCUCAGACAAGCACGUACCAGGCCGUCCUCUCCACCGAUGGGAACCAGUCCUUCGCCCUGCUGCUGUACCAGGACGGCGGAAUGAGGUGGGACUACGCCGGGCUGGCAGCCGGGAACGUGCUGAUCGGCUUCUCCAGCGGCGAUGGGUAUGCCCAAAACAACGAGCUGACUCAAAAGCCACCGGCUGUUAAGUACCGACCCGACCAGCACCGCAGCUCUGGCACCGACGUGCGGGGGCUGUGGCUGUACCGGCUGGACAGCCGCGGCCGGGUGAACUACCGGCUGCGGUGCCUGACGUGGCUGGAGGCACAGCCUGCCCCGGCCACCUGGAGGACGGAGCUGCCACCCUGCCCCUGCUCACGGCCCCAGGCCGAGCUGGACCCCCGCUACCGCCGGAGCAGAGGUGCUGAGCGUGGGGCUGAGCCCCCUCCCGCAGCCGGGGCGGCUGCCACCCCCCGGGAUGUCUCAGACCCAGCAGACACCGCUGUGAGGGUGCUGCGCACCGCGUCCCCCAGCCGGGCGGGUGCUGGGGUGCGGUGUGUGUACCGAGGCACGAGCUUUCUGGAGGGCUGGCAGGAGAGAGCCUGGAGCCCACCCACCCACACCACGGCCGACGAGGAGCUGGAGGCGUUCGAGUGGUGCUGCCGGCGCGUGGGGAAGCCCCGGUUCUGCACCAGGUUUGCCGAGAAGAGACCGAGGACCGGCUGCGAGGGAUACGUGCCGCCCACCCCCGCCAGUGCCUUCGGGGACCCCCACAUCACCACCCUGGAUGGCCUCACCUACACGUUCAAUGGCCUCGGGGACUUUGUCCUGUUGCUGGCCGGCGAUGCCCAGAGCAGCUUCGUGCUGCAAGGGCGCACGGCCCGGACCGGCACAGCCCAGGCCACCAACUUCGUGGCCUUCGCUGCCCAGUACGUCUCCAGCACCACCACCACAGUUGAGUGGACUUUGGGGAGCCAGGGUGACAUCCAAGUCCUCCUGAACUACCAAACCAUCCAGUUUUCCUACUCCCAAGACAUGGGUGCCGAGGUGCACUACAGCCCUGGGGUGCUGCUGGUCAACACCUCCUCCGUCACGGCCACCUUUGACGGCACCGUCUCCAUCUCCAUCUCAGCCAGCGCCGGGCUCCUCAGCGUGGUGUGCAGCCUGCCGGAUCGGUACCGCAACAGCACCAAGGGCCUCCUGGGUGUGUGGAACAACAACCCCGCAGAUGACUUCCAGAUGUCAAACGGGACCAGCAUCCCUGUGAACAGCAGCGAGGAGGAGAUCUUCAGCUACGGGAUGACCUGGGCUGUUGGAGAGCACAGCCUGUUCGCCCAGCCCUUGGCCACACCGGAGAAGAACUUCACCCCCAUCUUCUUGUCUCGGCUGCAGCAGGAGAAUGAAAGCCAGUACCAGCGGGCAGCCUCGCAGUGCCGCGGCAGCAAGGAGUGCGUCUACGAUACGCUGAGCACAGGGGACGUGACCCUGGGCCUGGCCACCCAGAGCCUCGUGGAGGACUUCCAGGAGAAGAAGACGGCGCUCAACGCCUUCCCUCCCGUCAUCACCGGCGACCCGUCGCUCACAGCCUUCAGGACAGAGCGGGUCACGAGGCAGUACCGAGCUGAGGGGCCGGGCGCGCUCUUUGUCCCCCACAUCUCCCCAGAGCUCAACAUUUCGGAGAACGGCACCCUGACGUGGGAGCCCCGCGGGACGGCCCCGCUCAGCGUCACCUUGCAGGCCGUGGGCUCCCAGCACCUCGCCGCCCUCCUCCAGCUCAGCUUCACCCUCUGCAGCUGCCGCACGAGCCACGAGUGCGACUACAACGACACGGCCACUGUCAACGGCUCCUCCCUGCAGAUAUCGAUGAGUGCGCGCAGGGGACGGCGUGUCCGGGGAACGGCACCUGCACCAACACCGUGGGCAGCUAUACCUGCUCCUGCCCACCUGGUGUGGAGGGUCUCGGCCAUCCUGGGCUCCCUGGAGGUGAAGGCUUUCCAGAGCAACACCAACAUCACCCGCAUGGCAGCUGCUGGCUUCACCUUCGCCGUGGUGGCCGAGUUCAACUACGGCAGCAGCGGCUCCGUGAUCCGCUUCCUGAACGAGGAGCUGGUGGGGGCCAUUGCCAGCGCCUUCAACGAGCGGCGGGGACAGCGGGACGUGGGCACACACAUCCUCUUUGAGCACCUGCACCUGGACAAUGUCACCGACAUGGUGAAACUGACGGUGGCGGAGCUGAGGCACUACUUCUCCUGCGCUCUGUACGGCUACGAAGGCUACCAGCUUGACUACGUGGGGACCACUGGCUUCCUCUGCAUCUCCCCUUGCAAGAAAGGCUACUGCCAGCACGGCGGCCGGUGCCGGCACCUGCCCGAGGGCCCCAUGUGCAGCUGCACCCCCUUCUCCAUCUUCUCCCCGGCCGGUGCACGGUGCGAGCAGCUCGCCGUCAGCCUCGCCGCCUUCCUCGGCAUCCUGCUGGGGGCCCUGGCUUUGCUCUGCCUCCUGCUUGCCGCCGCCUGCCUCGCCUUGCACCUCUGCCGCCGGCACCGGGACCCCUGGGGGACCAAGGACACCUUCUGGAGGCCUCGGCAGUUCUCCUCCCUGACCAAGGCAGCAGCGAGAGCAGAGAGCACCCGUUCCCACGGCUCAGGAAGGCUCUGGGAGCCGCAGCUCCAGGCCAUCGACCCAUCCGUCCAGAUAAGGAUCAAGAGACCCCAGGUCAGGGCUCCGAGCCAACCUGCCCUGCAGCCGUAGCCUCCAUGCAGCCUCCCCAGCAGCGAGAUGUGGCCGCUCCCGGGGGUCCCAGCAUCCGUGCCCACCCGGGGCAGGGGCAGGAUCGGAUGGGGGGCUCCGGGCACGUGCCCGCUGGGCAUGGUGCAUCGCAUCUGGGGGCUGUGGGAGGUGCCUGUGCUACUGGGGGGCUGCUUGGGUCAGCAAAGCGGGGGUCUCGCCUUCUGCUGAGGACCUGCAGAAGUGACUGGGGUCAUCCAUGGGUGAGUCUGUCUGGUGUGGCCCUGCACAGCACAGCUGGACCCAGGGAUCAUGACCCAUUAUGAACAGAAUAAAUGUGAAAUGA